AUGAGUUACAUCAAUCUGCCCACCGUGCUGCCCGGCUCCCCCAGCAAGACUCGGGGGCAGAUCCAGGUGAUCCUCGGGCCCAUGUUCUCAGGAAAAAGCACCGAGCUGAUGAGAAGGGUCCGGCGCUUCCAGAUCGCCCAGAACAAAUGCCUGGUCAUCAAGUAUGCCAAAGACACGCGUUACAGCAGCAGCUUCUCCACACACGACCGGAACACCAUGGAUGCACUGCCAGCCUGCCUGCUGCGGGAUGUAAUCCAGGAGGCCCUGAGUGUGGCUGUCAUUGGCAUCGAUGAAGGGCAGUUUUUCCCUGACAUCGUGGAAUUCUGUGAAAUGAUGGCCAAUGCAGGCAAGACAGUGAUUGUGGCAGCACUAGAUGGAACCUUCCAAAGAAAGGCUUUCGGCAGCAUCUUGAACCUGGUGCCGCUGGCUGAGAGCGUGGUGAAGCUGACUGCUGUGUGCAUGGAGUGCUUCCGAGAAGCUGCCUACACCAAGAGGCUGGGCCUGGAGAAGGAGGUGGAGGUGAUAGGUGGAGCCGACAAGUACCACUCCGUGUGCCGCCUUUGCUACUUUAAGAAGUCCUCGGUCCAGCCCGCGGGGCCAGACAACAAAGAGAACUGCCCAGUGCUGGGCCAGCCUGGAGAGGCCUCAGCUGUCAGGAAGCUCUUUGCCCCUCAGCAGGUCCUACAGCACAACUCUACCAACUGAGGGGACCUGGGGCCUGCCAGCUCCUACCCCAGGUUGGACUCUCAGAGAACGGA